GGAGCCAAGAAGAAAGUACCAUGAUUGAAGCUCAUGUUGAUGUCAAGACUACCGAUGGUUAUUUGCUUCGUCUCUUCUGUGUGGGUUUUACUAAAAAACGCAACAAUCAGAUUCGGAAGACCUCUUAUGCCCAGCACCAGCAGGUCCGCCAGAUCCGCAAGAAGAUGAUGGAAAUCAUGACCCGAGAGGUGCAGACAAAUGACUUGAAAGAGGUGGUCAAUAAAUUGAUUCCAGACAGCAUUGGAAAAGACAUAGAAAAGGCCUGCCAAUCUAUUUAUCCACUCCAUGAUGUCUUUGUUAGAAAAGUAAAAAUGCUGAAGAAGCCCAAGUUUGAAUUGGGAAAACUCAUGGAGCUACAUGGUGAAGGUAGUAGUUCUGGAAAAGCUACUGGGGACGAGACAGGUGCUAAAGUUGAACGAGCUGAUGGAUAUGAGCCACCAGUCCAGGAAUCUGUUUAAAAAUCAGACUUUUAAUGGUGACAAAUAAAAGACCUCAUUUGUGAUAAAAAAAAAAAAA